CCUCGCUCGAUUGCCAUGGCACAUCGUGUCACCGAUCCCAAACAAAAUCAGGCACCCCUCCCAGUCUUCUUCCCCAGCGGUGCACACCAUGUACCAUAUGCUCCUCCUCCUCGUCCUGCUCCCCUUCGCCACGGCCGACGCCUACCCGGCCGCCUCCUGCCGCAACGCCACCUGCGGCGGCCAGAGCAUCGCCUACCCGUUCUGGCUCGCCAACUCAGGCCCCAACUGCGGCUACCCGGGCCUCGGCGUCUCCUGCAACAAGGACAACACCCCGAUCCUCGACGUCCAGUUCCACCAGUACAGGGUCCUGCGCAUCGACUACGCCAACCGCGCCGUCUCCCUCGCCGACGUGGACGCCUGGAACACGACCUGCCCGCGUCUCAGCUUCAGCCUCGCCGUCGACCCGCGCUCGUCGCUGCAGCUCACGCCCUCCAACUCCAACCUCACCUUCCUCUACAACUGCAAGCCCGGCGUUUCCCGGCCCUCCGCCGUGAAGCUCGACGGGUGCCCGGAACAGAGCACGGCCUGGUACGUGCUCCCGGACGACGGGGCCACGGGCGGAGCGCACGCGUACGGGUGCGAGCAGGCGGUGACGACGCCGGUGCUGAUGACGAGCCCGCGUCGUCCGGCGAACCCGUCGCUCCGUGAGGUGCUCAGCGGCGGCUUCGAGAUGCGUUACGGUGAUCGCUCCGAGCGGUGCGGCGCGUGCGAGCGGUCCGGCGGACGGUGCAGAUACGGGCGCAUCGAGGAGCACGGCGGGACGGGCUUCGCAUGCGUCUGCGACGAUGGCGCUAACACGCUCCGGUGCGGGGAUGCACGCUCUUUACACUGGAAGAGACAAAAACUGUAUAAAAUAGGAAGCACAGUGAGUGUAAUUCUGAUAUGCCUACUAUUCUUUGCAUGUUUGUUGGGCUAUAAGAAAUACAAUUCUACAAUUUCAAGGAGUCGUGUUAUGUGCUCCUUUCAUGGGACCGUUGAGGUUUCCUUGAGCCUCUUGACAAGUCACACCGGGUCUGGCUCAUCUAGAAGUGAUGGAGGAUUACCACGAGACGACGUUGAUCCUCCGAGGGGACAUUUUGGCUUGUAGGCUUCAAGAAUGUACAAUUUAGCCCCUAAAUGGGUUUGCUGUAAAUGACAAGUGAUUAGAGUGGAUAAUCAGGGGCGAAGCCAGGAUUUGAAUAUGGGGGGGGGGGGGGGGGAGUCAAGUAAACAAAAAAUAUCCGGUACAAAAUUAUUCAUAUAUAGAACAACUCGUUCUGCUUCGAUGACUUAAAAACAUCA